GGGAUGUGUGUUCAGUGGUGGAUCGACCUCUCUCCAGAGUUCAUCGACCCCGGGCCGAGCGCAGAGGAGCAGAGAUCAGAGGCUCUCACACCGAGAGGAUUCAUCACUGACGACCCACGAGGAGAACGAGCAGGACCCCCUGAAACGCCUGAUCUGAGCGCUGCGUGCUGUGUGUCCAGCUGUUCCAGCUGUGUGGAGACGUGAAGCGUCAUGGCGGUGGCUCUGCAGGUGGUGGCCCUGGUUCUGGGCGUGGUCUCCUGGUGUCUGCAGUCCAGCUGCACCUCCUCUCAGGUGUGGAAGGUGAGGAGUCAGGUGGAGUCCAUCAGCAGCAACCAGUGGCAGUUUGAAGGUCUGUGGAUGAGCUGCGCUGCCACGUCGCUCGGGUCGGUCCAGUGCAACCGGUUCAAGACGCUGCUGGGUCUGCCUGUUCACCUGCAGACCUGCAGGGCGCUGAUGAUCCUGUCCCUGCUCGUCGGCCUCUCCGCCAUCAUCGUCUCUGUGCUCGGACUCAAGUGCAUCAAGAUCGGCCGCACGCCGGAACCAGUCAAAGACCAGAUCGCCCUGAGCGGGGGGGUCAUGUUCAUUCUGUCUGGUGUCUUCACGCUCACGGCCGUGUCGUGGUACGCAGCCCGAGUCGUCCACGACUUCUACGACCCGCUGUACGGAGGAGUCAGGUUCGAGCUGGGCACUGGUUUGUAUCUGGGCUGGACCUCCUCCUCUCUCGCUGUCCUCGGAGGAUCUUUGCUCUGCUGCUCCUGCAGGAGGACGUCGUCUGCACCCCCCACAGGGCAGUUUUCAUACAGCUUCUCCAAGACGAGCCAGGGACAGAGCAUCUACCGGGCGGCGCCGGCCUCCGACGCCAGCAGCUCCAAGGCUUACGUCUGAACCCCACAGCAUCAGAACCAUAACGUUAUUCUUCUCUUGUGAAAUGCUCGGAUCCCUCCACCUCUUUCUGAUAUUUUAGUUUUAUCAACAUUAAAAAAGAAGCAGCUGAUUAUCUGUUAAAUGUUGUAAAUAAAAUGUUUCCUCAUGCCG